AUGCUGGACCCUGCAGGGAACGGGGUCGGCCAGGCACCGGCGGACGGAGCGGUGGGAGGAGGGGAGCCGGCGGGCGGGGGUGGUCUGGAUGCGGCGGCGGUGCUGAGGCAGGAGUCGCCGCUGCUGCGCCUGGACCUGGACAACUUCAACAGCGCCGAAGCCGAGGGCAGCCGCUACGUGCUGACCAGCCCCAGGUCGCUGGAGGCUUGUGCGAGAUGCGGGGUCAAGCCGGUGGAGCUACUGCACAAGUCGGUCAACGAGUUCGCCAAGGAAGCCCCGGCCAGGUCAAUGAGGGUUGCGGCCGGCCUGUACGAGGUGUACGAGAAGGAGAGGCGGAGGAAGCUGAGGGAUUGCAGGGAGGAACGGGAAAGGAUUAUCAGGCUGGAGAGGAGGAGAAAUUGUGGUCCGGUCAGGAACAGCUUGCCAUCAUCCCCAGCUCCCAGGACUAAAAAGACACCUGCCUUGGACCUGAGUAGGUCCAAGAGCUACUCAAUGGAAUCCCUGCAGAAGAAGAAGGAUGCCAACUCCAUUGCCACCUCGUCUGACUCUGGGGCAUCUUCCUCCUUCAGUGGGGACACCUGUAAAGGCGGGAGCCGCUGGCUGAAGGUGAGUCCCAGAGGAAGGGACCUGACUGGGAUACCGUCCACCAUAGGGAAGAGCCUCAGCCUUGGGGACCUCUCCCACUCGCCGCAGACGGCCAAGAAGGUGGCCAAGUUGGCGAGGGAGGUGAAGAGGGGCGGGCACGGCGAGGUGUCGGAGAGGGACAGGAAGAUCGCUGCCCUCAUGCUGGCCAGGCACCAGGAGGAGGCGCUGAUGAGCAACCAGAGCUACCGGGCUCACGUGGAGUGGGAGACGCACAGGAGGAGGGAGGCCACGCGGAGGGAGGUGGAGGAGAGGGAGAGGCAGCGGGCCCUGCUGCAGUGCCAGCGGAUGUGGGAGUCCAGGCUGGAGGCACGCAGAGCCAAGAUGAGCCAAGAGCAGAAGGAGGUGGCCCUCCUCAAGCAUCAGCAGUCCAUGCUGCAGGAGGAGAAGUGGAGGCUGCUGGCGGACAGCCAGGAGCAGCAGCGGCGAGGCAGGCUCGAGAACGCUAAGCUGGAGGCUCAGGAGAGGAAGAUGCACCAGGAGGAGCAGCUCAGGACCAAGGAGGUGGAGGUGAAGCUGGACCUUGAGCUCAAAGGCCAGAUCCUCCAUCAGAAGCUAUCCCUGGCCAAGCAGAAGAAGGCGGAGAGGGAGGAGCAGCAGCUGCGCGAGAGGAAGCUAACCAACAUGGUGGAGAAGCUGAAGCACGAGGCGGCCUUGAAGGAAAUCGCCAAGGAGAUGGAAAUGGAGAGGAAGAUGCUGAGGAAGUCCCUGGAGCGAAAGCUGGCCAAGUCUCAGGAGAACUACGAGCAGCUGAUGGAGAAGAGGAACCGGGAGCUGAAGGAAAGGGCCAUCCGGGAAGAACUGCAGAUCCAAAGGGCGCGCACAGCGGCGGAGCAGCACGAGAGGGAGCACCAGGAGCACCUGGAGAGCCUGGCCCGAGCCGCUGAGAGGAAGCUUCAGCAUGCUGCGCAGGUGGCCCAGGAGAAGAUCAACCAGAUAUCGCGCAGGGCCGUGCAGAGCAGGACGGAGAAGGAGCGGAUCCGCAGACUCAACAAGAUCAAGCUGGAGGAGGACGAGGAGUACAAACGGAGGGAGAUACAGCACUCGAUAGCCAAGAAGUCGGAGAAAAGUGAGAGGAUCUUCCGGGAGAGACAGAUUGCGCUGGAGAACUCACGUUCGCUGGCCAGAGCCUCCUUCCAAAUCCGGGAUAAGGUGCGGGUGGAACUAAACACAAGGACCUUUGACAAGAUGGCGCUGGAAGCAGAACUGCAUGCCCACCUGGACCGAAAGUAGGCUGGGCAAGUCCCCCUUUGUGGACUUCUUGGGAACUAAUCCAAACAAUGCCUUUUUUUUAAACUGUUUCUAUUCCAGGAGAUUCAUUCAGCUGUGUGGUGUACUUUGUGCAUAAUGCUUGAUGUUUAAAGGUUGUAUAGAGCACAACAGAGUUUGAGCAAUUGAGUAAAUGGUUGCUUUCAUUUACGCUUGCCUUUAACAGGUCGUAACUCAUUCAGCAUUUUCUUGGUAACUUUGGCAAGUGCACACAAACUUGUGCUAAUUUUAAGGGCAAUAAGCAUUAUAAUGGACAUUGAAUAUGGAAGGGAUCUUUGUCAUUGUACACAAUAUGGGCAAGAUCCUUUCUGAAAGGACCAACUUAUACAGCAUAGUUGCUGUAAAUCUUUUUCAGAUUCAUAAUUGCUGUUUAAACACUGGAUUGUCAUAGCUUUGUCAUAAACUGGUUCAUUCAUACUACAGACAUACGGGAGAGACUUUAACCGAUCUGUUUACAUCGACUUUGAUCGAGCAGAGUGAGCGCACAAAUUUUGAUGAUGCAAGUUUCGGGUGAAAGGAUGUCCUAAGUGAAUAUGGAUCGUAAUGUGAUUAGAUCCAUUGCAUGGUUAGUUUAGAUGAUGAGAGGACACUGAACUAAACUCAGGUACUGGGAAAGGGGAACAAGGGGAAAAUAAGUGCUGCAGCAAUUGGGAGUUCCGACGUUUCAUCUCAGGAAUGGAUCUCCAAAUCAGACUCUGAGAGAAAGAUUUUGGUUUUCCUCAGGUUAAGUCUCUUUUUGAAAUGAAUAUGGUGGCCUUUGUCCAGUUAGCAUUGUAGAUAUGAUGGGUUCACAUAAAUUAUGCUGGCCUGAAUUCUCCCUACCCACCCAUGUUCUUAACUUUUGAUGAUUUUUUUUCUCUGAUUUGAGGAUGAUUACA